CUCCCUGGUAACCCCGGACCAGGCCUGGGGACCCCCCCGGUAACCCCGGGACCCCUCCGGUAACCCCGGACCGGAGCCGGGAGAUCCCCCCUCAGAGCCGCUCGGUAACCCCGGGACCUCCCGGUAAUCCCGGACCGAAGCCGGGACCCUCUCCCGGUAUCCCCGGGACCUCCCCAGGACCCUUUCGGUAACGCCGAGACCCCCCCGGUAACCCCGGGACCCCUCCGGUAACCGAGGAUUCCCCCCCGUUUUCCUCCCGCUAUUCCCGGAAUUUUCCUGGGAUUUAACCCCAAAAUUCCCGGGAUUUUGCGCCCCCUCAGACCCCCCGUUAUCCUCCCGGUAUUCCCGGGAUUUAAAUCCUUUUAUCCCCCCAAAAUUCCCGAAUAUUCCCGGGAUUUCCAGCCCCGAAAUCCGCGGGAUUUUCCCUCGUUCUUCCCCCCGGGAUUGCGCCAAAAUUCCCGAAAUUUCCAGAAUUUUUCUGGGGUUUAAACCCUAAAUUCCCCCAAUAUUCCUCCAAAAUUGCCAAAAAAUUCCCGGAAUUUUUCUGGGAUUUAACUCCAAAAUUCCGCCAAUAUUUCUUCCAAAAAUUCCCGGAUUUUUGCUGGGGUUUAACCCCAAAAUUCCUUCAACAUUUCCCCAAAAUUCCCAGAAAUUUUCUUGGGAUUUAAACCCAAAUUUCCCCCAAUAUUCCCUGGAUUUAGCCGCCAAAAUUCCCAGAAUUUUCAUGGGAUUUAGUCCCAAAAUUCCUGCAAUAUUUCUUCAAAAUUUCCAACAUUUCUUCGGGAUUUAAUGGCCAAAAUUCCUGGGAUUUAAUCCCUCAAAAAUUCCAAAAAAUUCCCGAAAUUCUGCCGGGAUUUUAGCCCCAAAAUUCCCCCAAAUUCCCUCAGGAUUUAACCCCUUCAUCCCCACUUUUCUCCUUCGUAUUUUUCCCAUUUUUCCUUAAUUUUCCCCAUUUUUUCCCCCAAUAUUCCUGAAAUUCCUUCAUGAUUUAACCUCUCAAUUCCCAGAUAUUUUCCCCUCCUAUUUUCCCAUUUUCCCCUCUUAGUUUUCCCCAUUUUUCUUAAUUUUUUCCCCAAUUUUCCCCCAUUCUUUCCUUUCUAUUUUCUCUAAUAUUUUCCCUUUUUCCCUCCCAUUUUCCCAUUUUUUUCCCCUAAUAUUUUCCAUUUCCCCCCAUUCUUUCUCUCCUAUUUUUCCCAUUUUCCCUCCCAGUUUUCCCCAUUAUUUUCCCUCCUAUUUCCUCUAAUAUUUUCCACAUUUUCCCCAUCCUUUCCCCCAUUUCCCUCUUAUUUCCCCUAAUAUUUCCUCCAUUCUUUCCUAUUUUUUCCCCUCUUAUUUCCCAAUUUUCCCUCCUAUUUUCCCUCAUAUUUUCCCCAUUUCCCCUCCAUUUUUUCUCUCCUAUUUUUCCCAUUCUUUCCCCCAUUUUCCCUCCUAUUUUCCUUCGUAUUUUCCCUAAUAUUUUCCCCAAUUUUCCUCCUUUUUUCCCUAAUAUUUUCUCAAAUUCUUCCCAAUUUCCCUCCAUUUUUUCCCUAAUAUUCCCCCCUUUCCCCUGCUAUUUCCCACGUUUUUUCCCCAUUCUUUCCCAUUUCUCCUUCCUAUUUUCCCCAUUCUUUCCCCUAUUUUCCUUCUUAUUUUCCCUAAUAUAUUCCCCAUUUUUUCCUUGCUAUUUUCCCCAUUUCCCCUCAUUUUUUCCCUCCUGUUUUCCCCAUUCCUUCCCCCAUUUUCCCUCGUGUUUUCCCUAAUAUUUUCCCCAAUUUCCCUCCCUUUUUCCCAUAAUUUUUCCCCAAUUUUCCCCCAUUCUUUCCUUACUAUUUUCUCUAAUAUUUUCCCUUUUUCCCAUUUUUUCCCCCUAAUAUUUUCCAUUUCCCCCCAUUCUUUCUCUCCUAUUUUUCCCAUUUUCCCUCCCAGUUUUCCCCAUUAUUUUCCCUCCUAUUUCCCCUAAUAUUUUCCCCAUUUUUCCCUCCUAGUUUCCCCCAUGGAAUCCCAGUGCGAUUACUCCAUGUACUUCCCCGCCGUCCCUUUCCCUCCGCGGGAAUUUUUGGCGGGAGAUUCCUCCGGUUACCGCGCCCUUCCCCGCCGCAACCACCUGUACCUGGGCGAGACCGUGCGCUUCCUGCUGGUGCUGCGCAAAAACCCCGCGAACCCCGAGAGAAACCCCGAGAGAAAUCCCGAGAAAAAUCCCGACAGAAAUCCCGAGAAAAAUCCCGAUAAAAACCCCGAGGGAACUCCCGCCCACCCCGACAGAAGCCCCGCCCACCCUGGCAGUGCCCCCGCCCACUCCGGCAGUGCCCCCGCCCACUCCGGCGGUAGCCCCGCCCACUCCGGCAGUAGCCCCGCCCCCUCGGGCAGCGGCCCCGCCCCUUGUGGCGGGAGUUUGCCGGGCAAGUCGCCGUGGGCCCAGCUCGCCGCGUCGCUCUCGGCGCUCGCCACCGUCACCAGCGGCGACAGCCGCGCCCGCGACGAGGAGGAGGAGGCGAAUCCCGGCAGCAACCCCGGCGAUCAUUUCGGCCAUUUCGGCCAUGCCGAGGAUUCCCGCGAGCCGCCGCCGCUCUUCCGGGAGUGCCGCGCUCUCCUCACGCACUCGCGGGGCCCCGCGGGCGGCGCCGGCCCGGGGCUCCCCGUGGAUGACCCCAUCAUCUCCCAGGACGAGGUGAUUUUCCCCCUCACCGUGGCCCUGGACCGGCUCCCGCCCGGCACCGCCAAGGCCAAGAUCGUGGUGACCGUGUGGCAGCGGGACACGGAGCCCCCGGAGCUGCAGGAGGGGACAGGGCCAGGGCCAGAGGCAGGCCAGGUGACAAUGACAGGGACAGGGACAGGGCCAGGGGGGUACCUGAGGCUGCUCCAGGGCCGCGCCCCCGGCCAGGUGUUCCGGCAGCAGCACGGCGCCUUCAAGGCACAAGUGUCCACGCUGCUGACGGUGCUGCCACCGCCCCGUGUGCGCUGCCGCCAGGUGACCGUGUCCGGAAAGUACCUGACCGUGCUCAAAGUGCUCAAUGGCAGCUCCCAGGAGGAGCUGUCCCUGUGGGACGUGCAGGUGCUGCCCAAUUUCAACGCCAGUUACCUGCCCGUGAUGCCCGACGGCUCCGUGCUGCUCGUGGACGACGUCUGCCACCACUCCGGUGAGGUGCCCGUGGGCGCGUUCUGCCGUGUCCCCGGGUGCCACUCGCGGUGGCCGUGUCCCCUGAGCGCCCUGGAGGAGCAGAACUUCCUGUUCCAGCUGCAGGCGCCCGAGCGGCCGCCCCGCGACGCCAAGGAGGGCCUGGAGGUGCCGCUGGUGGCCGUGGUGCGCUGGUCGACGCCGAAGCUGCCGUUCACCAACAGCAUCGUCACCCACUACCGGCUGCCGAGCAUCCGCCUGGAGCGGCCGCGCUUUGUCAUGACGGCCACGUGCGAGUCGCCCGUGGUGGCCCUGCAGCGCUUCACGGUCACCUACACCCUGCUCAACGACCUGCAGGACUUCCUGGCCGUGCGGCUCGUGUGGACCCCCGAGGCCACCGCCGGUAAGUCCCGCGGCUCCCUGGACUCCGUGGUUUGCCACACGCCCCUGACCAACCUGGGCUACUCCCGCAAGGGCAGCGCCAGAACCUUCCGGGUGGCCUUCCAGGCGCUGCGGGCCGGGCUCUUCGAGCUGUCGCAGCACAUGAAGCUGAAGCUGCAGUUCACGGCCAGUGUCAGCAGUGCCCCGCCCGAGGCGCGGCCGCUGUCGCGCAAGAGCAGCCCCAGCUCCCCGGCCGUGCGCGAGCUCGUGGCCGGCCUGGGCCGCUCGCAGUCCUUCUCCCACCAGCAGCCGGCGCGGAGCCACCUCAUGAGGUCCGGCAGUGUGAUGGAGCGCAGGGCCAUCACGCCCCCCGUGGGCUCCCCCGUGGGCCGCCCCCUGUACCUGCCCGCGGGGGACAAAGCCGUGCUGGCCCUGGACAAGAUCGCCAAGAGGGAGUGCAAGGUGCUCGUGGUGCCACCCGUCAAGUGACAGCGGGGACAAUGAGGGGACAGGGAGGGGACAGCGUGGGGACAUCAACAGGACAGUGACAAGACAAUAGGGGACAGUGGGGGACAGAGUGGGGACCCCACCGGGACAGUGGGGCCAGCGCUGGAACCUUGGGGACAUCUUGGGGACACUGCUGGGAUGGCACUGGGGUGGCACAGACAGCGCUGGGACUCUGGGGACAGCUUGGGGACAUCGUGGGGGACAGUUUGGGGACACCAGUGGGACAAUGGGGACAAUGCAGGGACCUUGGGGACAUUGUGGGGACAUUGCCAGAGUGGCAGCAAUGGCUCUGGGACAGUGGGGACAGGGGGACAAUGGGGACAAGGCCACCCCCCGUGUCCCCAGAGCCUCAGGGCCACUUCCAGGACCUUGGGGACAUUGGGGACAGGGACCAAGGGGACAGUGCCACCCCCAGUGCCACCUUCAGGACCUUGGGGACAAUGGGGACAGGGCCACCCCUGGUGUCCCCACUGUGCCAGGAACAGGGACCAAGGGGACAGAGCCACCCCCAGCUUGGGGACAUUGGGGACAAUGGGGACAGGGCCACCCCCAGAGCCUUGGGGACACUUUGGGGACAAUGGGGGGGGUCACUGCCACUGCCACGUGCCAUGGAGGGGACCUUGGGGACACCUUGGGGACACAGCCUGGAGCCGUGCCCGCGUUUGGGAUUUUGGGGACAUUUGGGGACAUCGGGGAAGUGUCCCCGAGCCAAAGUGGGGGAGGGGACGGGAGGGGCCUGCAGUGCCACCCCUGGGUUGGGGACGCUGGGGACAAGGGUGGCACCUCUGUCCCUGUUAUUUAUUGCCAAUAAAGAGACCUGGAUGUCA